UUUCUUCUCAGAGAACAUCAUGGCAAGCAUGGCUGCAGUUCUGACCUGGGCUCUGGCCCUCCUCUCAGUGCUUUCAGCCACGGAGGCACGGAAAGGCUUCUGGGACUACUUCAGCCAGAGCAGCGGGGACAAAGGCAAGGUGGAGCAGCAGCAGAAGCUGGCACGAGAGCCCACGAGCCUGAAAGACAGACUUGAGCCAGACCUCAGCGAUAUGGACAAGUUUCUGGAAAAGUUGGGCCCUCUGAACGGGCAGGGGAGGGAGCCUCUCGGGCUCCCACGCGACCGGGUGGGGAUGUGGCAGCAGCUGCAGGAGGAGCUGGAGGAGGUGCGGGCGCGUCUGGAGCCCUACAUGGCGGAGGUGCAUGAGCGCGUGGGCUGGAACCUGGAGGGCCUGCGGCGGCAGUUGCAGCCCUACACGGUGGAGCUGAUGGAGCAGGUGGCCCUGCGCGUGCACGAGCUGCAGCAGCAGUUGCGCGUGGUCGGAGAGGGCACCAAAGCCCAGCUGCUGGGGGGCGUGGACGAGGCGCGGGGCCUGCUGCGGGAGCUGCAGAACCGCGUGGCGCACCACACCGGCCGCGUCAAGGCGCUCUUCCACCCCUACGCCGAGCGCCUGGUGUCCGGCAUCGGGCACCACGUCCAGGAGCUGCACCGGAGCGUGGCGCCGCACGCCAUCGCCAGCCCCGAGCGCCUCAGCCGCUGCGUGCAGAUGCUCUCGCGCAAGCUCACGCUCAAGGCCAAGGCCUUGCACGAGCGCAUCCAGCAGAACCUAGACCAGCUGCGCGAGGAGCUCAGCGCCUUUGCUGGCGCCCGCGCCGACGAUGCGGAGGAAGCAGCUCAACCGGAUCCCCAGGUGCUGUCCCAGGAGGUGCGCCAACGACUCCAGGCUUUCCGCCAUGACACCUUCCGGCAGAUUGCCGCCUUCACUCACGCCAUUGACCGAGAGACCGAGCAGGUCCAGCAGCAGCUGGCACCGCCCCCGCCAGGCCACAGUGCCUUUGCCCCGGAGUUCCUCCAAGCCGACAGAGGCAAGGCCCGGGGCGAGCUGCAGGCCCGCCUCGACGAUCUGUGGGAAGACAUCAACUACAGCCUUCGCGACCAUAGUCCGGGCCAUCGGGGAGAGCCCUGA